CCCGAAACCGGAUUCUGACGUCAUUUUCAGCAGUGUGCUGCUCGUUCUUCUAGAGAGAGCAAGAGUGUCACCUGUUUGUCUCGAGAGGAUGUGUAGAGCUACCCGAGGGGGCUUCACUGUCUGGGGCAGGUUAACAAGUUGCUAAAUGGAGUCAGAGCAGUUGUUCCAUAGAGGUUAUUACAGAAACAGUUACAACAGCAUAACUAGCGCCAGCAGUGAUGAGGAGCUUUUAGAUGGGGCAGGAGGCAUUAUGGAUUUCCACACUUCAGAAGAUGAUAACUUGUUAGAUGGGGAUGUUUCUUCUGGUACAAAUUAUACCAUGACAAACGGAGGAAAUAUAAACAGCACAACUCAUUUACUGGACUUUCUAGAUGAACCCAUUCCAGGAGUUGGGACAUAUGAUGACUUCCAUACCAUUGACUGGGUCAGGGAAAAAUGCAAAGACAGAGAGAGACAUAGAAAGAUUAACAGUAAGAAGAAGGAAUCUGCGUGGGAGUUCACUAAAAGCUUAUAUGAUGCAUGGUCAGGGUGGCUAGUUGUAACACUAACAGGCUUGGCAUCAGGAGCCCUUGCUGGUUUAAUUGACAUUGCCGCUGACUGGAUGAAUGACCUUAAGGAAGGCAUCUGCCUUAGUGCAUUAUGGUUUAAUCAUGAACAGUGUUGCUGGGGUUCCAAUGAAACUACCUUUGAAGAGAGGGACAAGUGUCCACAGUGGAAGAGUUGGGCAGAACUUAUUCUGGGGCAAGCAGAGGGUCCAGGAUCGUAUAUUAUGAACUACAUUAUGUAUAUUUAUUGGGCUUUGGCUUUUGCAUUUUUGGCUGUAUCCUUGGUUAAAGUGUUUGCACCAUAUGCAUGUGGCUCAGGAAUACCAGAGAUUAAAACAAUCCUAAGUGGAUUCAUCAUUCGUGGGUACCUUGGAAAAUGGACACUGAUGAUCAAAACUAUUACACUAGUGCUGGCUGUUGCAUCUGGUCUCAGUUUAGGCAAGGAAGGACCCCUUGUGCAUGUUGCCUGUUGUUGUGGCAACAUCUUCUCUUACCUUUUUCCAAAGUACAGCAAAAAUGAGGCAAAAAAGCGAGAAGUCCUGUCAGCAGCAUCUGCAGCUGGAGUGUCUGUGGCUUUUGGUGCCCCAAUUGGUGGAGUGCUUUUCAGUUUGGAGGAGGUGAGCUACUACUUUCCUUUGAAAACUCUGUGGAGAUCGUUCUUUGCUGCUUUGGUUGCAGCCUUUGUCUUGAGGUCAAUAAACCCUUUUGGCAACAGCAGAUUAGUGUUAUUCUAUGUGGAGUAUCACACCCCUUGGUACCUUUUUGAGCUCAUCCCUUUCAUCUUACUGGGUGUCUUUGGAGGACUCUGGGGAGCCUUCUUCAUCCGCACUAAUAUUGCUUGGUGUCGUCGGAGAAAGUCCACACGCUUUGGCAAGUACCCGGUCCUGGAAGUGAUUGCUGUGGCAGCUAUAACCGCUGUAGUGGCUUUUCCAAAUCCCUACACAAGACAAAAUACUAGUGAACUUAUAAAGGAACUCUUUACUGACUGUGGGCCAUUGGAGUCCUCGGCUCUCUGUCAGUACCAUAAUGAGAUGAAUGGCAGCAAAGUAGUUGAUGAUGUUCCUGAUAGACCAGCAGGGCCUGGAGUCUACUCUGCCAUGUGGCAGCUCUCUUUGGCACUCAUCUUUAAAAUAAUCAUGACUAUAUUUACAUUUGGCAUCAAGGUGCCAUCUGGUUUGUUCAUUCCCAGCAUGGCUAUUGGUGCAAUUGCUGGCAGAAUAGUUGGAAUAGCUGUGGAACAGCUUGCUUAUUACCAUCAUGACUGGUUUGUAUUCAAGGAAUGGUGUGAAGUCGGAGCAGACUGCAUCACACCAGGACUGUAUGCUAUGGUUGGUGCAGCUGCAUGUCUGGGUGGUGUUACGCGAAUGACUGUAUCCUUGGUUGUCAUUGUGUUUGAGUUGACUGGCGGUCUGGAGUACAUCGUUCCCCUAAUGGCAGCCAUAAUGACCAGCAAAUGGGUGGGAGAUGCCUUUGGCAGAGAAGGCAUCUAUGAAGCGCACAUUCGUUUGAAUGGAUAUCCAUUCCUAGAUGCCAAAGAGGAGUUCACGCACACCACUCUGGCUUCUGAAGUCAUGCGCCCUCGUCGUAAUGAAUCUCCUCUAGCUGUGCUCACUCAAGACAACAUGACAGUGGAAGAACUGGAAGCCGUUAUCAAUGAAACCAGCUAUAAUGGUUUCCCUGUGAUCGUGUCAAAGGAAUCCCAGAGACUUGUGGGGUUUGCCCUACGCAGAGACAUUACGAUAGCAUUGGAAAAUGCCAGAAGAAAACAGGAAGGAAUUAUGAGGACCUCAAGGGUAUAUUUUACCCAGCAUGCACCCUCCCUCCCCGCAGACAGCCCAAGACCAUUGAAGCUAAGGUCCAUCCUAGACAUGAGUCCAUUCACAGUCACAGACCAUACACCAAUGGAGAUUGUGGUAGAUAUUUUCCGAAAACUGGGGCUGAGGCAGUGCCUUGUUACACAUAAUGGGAUUGUCUUGGGGAUCCUCACCAAGAAGGAUAUAUUAGAACAUCUCGAACAUCUAAAGCAUGACGUCGAACCUUUGGCGCCUCCUUGGUGUCAUCACAAAAAAAGACAUCCUCCGUCAUAUGGCCCAGAUGGCAAACCUCGACCCAGAGUCAAUCAUGUUCAACUAGAUGCCAUUUUCAUCCAGAGAGAGGAGAGUGAAGAGGAAGUCCAGUUGCUAAACAGCACCACCCUUUGACCUUGGACUCCUCCAAAGGAGCUUUUAUCAGUGACAUAGGACGACAUUAGAGAAUUCAGCAACUUUGUUUGCACGGGCUGCUGCUUCCAUUAAGGGAGCUGGGAGAGGGAGACAGACGGUGGGUGGGGGGGCACUUCACUAUUUCUUGCCCUUUGCCUACAAGCUCUCAUCUUCAGGCUGAUUGGUUUGGUGUUACCCAGUUCAGACUACCAAGAUAUAAUAAUGGAUGCCGUGAAAGAGAACAAGCCUCGGUGGCGCAAAGACUCAGGUUAAAGCGUUCAAAUUCUGAAUACACCAAGGCACAGGACUUGCCUUUGGGAGAUCACCGGGUGCUGUUCUGUUGAACAGAGUUUACUUACUGUAUCAGAUACAUGUCCCUGAUCAUUUCUACAUUCCAUCCAGAGUGUGCGUUUGGUAUUUUUUUCCUCCCUUUUCAGAUAUUGAACCAGUUUAGGAUUGCCGAGUACGGUGUGCCACUGAGCAAGCCAUUUCUCGCAUUGAGCUGCUGUUUUACAAAUUAGAAGGAAAAAAACCUUUCUGUAUACCACUGCAAAUGUUUAUUGUAUAAUUUGAAAGCUUUUAGAGUUAAGUGCUAGUGUUUUAUGCCGUGUUUUAAAGAGGCCGAUUCAUAAUCUGCCAGAAUUUGGUUUGACAGCACAACUUACUAGAAGCUUCUGUCAGCUCGCAUGUGGAAGUCCCUCACUCCCUUCUGUAUAUCUAGAUCAAAAUGGAGGCUAGUAAGUCCAGUAGGUAAAGGUGACACUCUGGAUUACAAGAUAUUUAUUUGAUUGUGGGGAAUAAAACUGGAAAAUUGCACUAACUUGCAUUUUCUUUCUUUUGCAAGUAAUCAUUUAUUGAAUUUAGGCAAACGUGCACACUAAAGCAAAAUACAACUCUCAUGAGCAUUACUGUUCUUUCUUCUUCACGGAUUAUUUGGUGGGUGUAUCCCCUUAUGGAGCAUGGCAGCAGGGUGGUAAACACUGAGCGGGUAUCCAGGUGUUGGUUUUAAUCUUUUAUUCUGACUUGAUAAUAUUCAUGUUUAAUACUGAGCCAUAAUGAAUGAGUCCUUGGAGUAAUUUAGCAGCGCUGAUUUCAGUAGUAUUCCUGGCUAGCUAAUUUAUCAGGAAUCUUCAUCAAUUUAUCUGUUCACAUUUUUUUGAAUCCCAGGAUUCUUUGAAUAUCUGAGAUUUGAGCUUAUGCAAAAUAAAGCCAGGUGCCCAUGCAGUGGAUCCAAAGGAUUUUGAUCUUCAUAGACCUCGCUCAGCACCUUCUAUACAGACUGCUCCAUGUGCAGUAGUUGCAAGUGUUCUGCAUUGAGAGUAAGCUGCCUAAUAUUGUAUCUAAUAGUGUUCUUGAUGUGCGCUUUAUUGUUAAAAUUUGUUAUUAUGGUAGAAGUGCACAUUAUGGAGACUUUCCAAAGUCAUGAUUACUUUGAUGGCUUCACUUGUAUAAAACAAAUGUUAAGUUUUUGAGCCAGAAAUAGCGCAAAAAUACCAUUUUUUAAAUCAAUGCUCAUAUAUCUCCCCUUUAAUUUAAAAACACAAAAUCCCAGCUGUACAAAAUGAAUUCAGGUAACAUGUCAAGAGUCUUUUUUUGUGUGGUCUGUUUUGGAUUUUUCUUGGGUGAGAGAAUAAUUUGAGAACACAGCUAAAAGAUCAUGACUGACAAAAUCAUGCGGCUGAAUUUAGACCUUAAACAUGGAGAUGUUUAGUAAUGCUUACAGCUCUUAACAUGCCUUCUGUUGACUCUUUGGGUACACCCCUGACCACCAGCUUUUAUAAUAGAUUCAUUACAAGAACUGGAAAUAUGGACAUUUAAUAUUGACAUUUAAUGUAGCUUUAACAUUGCAUGAUUUUUUGGGGUUUAAACCUUACCAGCCUUUCACUCAUAAAAAUCAACCAUGCCUUUCUGCUCAAAAGCGGCAAGUAAAUGCCACAGGUGCAUAGUUUUUUGGAUUCUUGUUUCCCUUGUCCCUGCCAAAUCAAAUUAGCAAUUCCUUCAAGGGUCCUAACCAUCUGGGCAGAGGUCAUUGCCGAAAUACCAGUAUCCAUCAGCAGGUCUUCCUGGCCAGCUAUACUGUGUGGCUUGGGAACUGAAUGAGCCAGCAGCUGUCAAGUGAAUACAUAAGAUAAAAAAAAUUGGGUAAGUUAAUGUUUUUGAUUUGUCUGUGAACUGCUGUAUAGGUUCUCCCUUGUUUACAAGCUUGCUUGCUCAAUACUACAUGCAAAAUGCUGGCGGGCAACAAAUGUGUCCAUAACUGAAUUUAAAACAUUCAAUUUUCACAUGCACAAAAGCAUACUACUGAUGAAAGGCACUUUUGGUAAAUGUUUAACUUACUUGCAGGUUUGUUUUUUUUUAUUAUUAUUUGAAUUAAUUUUUAACCCGUGAUUACAUCAGCAUUGCACAUUAUCUUGGCUGGUGUUGUGAAUGUACAGAAACACUCUUUUUGUAUUAUUCCUGCAAGUAGCCUAUUUAAAUAGUACUUUUCUAGAUGUUUUGUGCACUGUUAUCACCAUUUUUCUUUUACAAUAAAGCCUAUUUAAUUUUCAAACUA